AUGACGUCGUCGGGAAGUCAGUGUGUGCUGAAUUAUUUUGAGAUUGGUAGGGUCGAUAAAGAUUACCCGUACGUUGACGCUCACAGAGCUCCUUGUUUGGAAGUUGCGUGGAGUCCAUUCAAUGAUAAUGUCAUCGCCAGUUGCUCUGAAGAUACUACAUGUAAAGUUUGGUUGAUACCUGCAAAUGGAUUACUUCGUACACUUACUGAACCAGUAGUCGAAUUGAAUGGCCAUCAGAAGAGAGUCAAUACGAUCGCUUGGCAUCCAACAGCUAACAACAUCCUUCUAACAGUAGUUCCCAACGUAGAUGUUUUAAGCAGAAGAGCUGAGGAACUGAACACUUAUGUUUCAGCAGUUUUAUUUGACGAUUCUGAUUUAAGAUUUUCUAUUAAAUGUCGGCAAGGCGGCGAAAACAAAAUCUUAAUUUGGAAUGUUGGUACAGGAGAAGCGUUGCUAGAAAUUGCUGGGCAUCCGGAUCAGAUAUGGUCUGUUUCUUUCAAUUACGACGGUAGCAGGUUUGUUACAACAUGCAAGGAUAAACGGAUACGGGUGAUUGAUUCUCAUACUGGUGAAGUAUUACAUCAGGGUGCAGGCCAUGAAGGAGUCAAACCCCAAAGGGCGGUCUAUCUACGCGAUGGUCGUAUAUUCACAACCGGCUUCACAAAGCGUUCGGAACGACUAUAUGCACUUCGUGCUCAGGACAAUCUUGAGAAUCCAAUAAUCCAAGAAGAAUUAGAUACCAGCAAUGGCGUUCUCUUCCCAUUGUAUGACGAGGAUACAGGACUCGUUUACUUGGCUGGCAAGGGUGAUUGUGCCAUUCGCUACUACGAAAUAAAUAAUGAAUAUCCAUUCGUACAUUAUAUUAAUACUUUUACCACCUCAGAGCCUCAACGAGGUAUUGGUUUUAUGCCAAAACUUGGGAUCAAUUCGAACGAAAAUGAAGUCGCUCGCAUUUACAAAGUUACUACCAAAGGAGUUGUCGAUGAAUUACAAUUUUUUGUUCCUAGGAAAUCUGAUUUGUUCCAAAGUGAUUUGUAUCCUGACACGCGAAGCCCAAAACCGGCGCUGACAGCUGAACAGUGGAUUGGUGGUGCAAAUGCUCCCCCAAAUUUGACUCCAGUGAAUCCUGGUGCAGCGGAAGCGAAGCCAAAGGUCCAAGUAGCUAAAAAAGCUAAUAUCUUAGCCCAACUUCAGCCAAAUCAGGAUGUCCCAACGCUUCACACAUCCUCACCAUCAAGGUCACCUUAUGACACACCUCAAAGAUCUCCACGACCGGAAGAGUCUCAGCAGCAGUAUCGAUUUGAGGAGCCUGCGCAACCUGCACCAAGGAGUACCCGGAAACCUCCAGUUAUGGAUGAGGAUAUGGGAAUAGUAAAAAUUGAGAGAAACGCGAGUGGAGAAAGAGAGCGAUCACGUUUAGCACCUUGCCCAGAAAAAAAUACUUCACAAUUGACUCCCAGGCAACAGGUGCAGUGGAGACCUCGUUCUGAUCGAGAUAAUAUUGUGAAUCAAACCGCUGGUCAGAGAAGAGCAACUAUUGAACUCGAACGAAUAAGAAGAGACCAAGCUCGAGAAUCUGACAGGGAUGAAAUCCUUCCACCUCCGUCACAUAUGCCACAGGCUUCGCCUAGGCACAGUAUUAUAGGGGUUCCAAGCGAGGUAUUUUUCUCAGAGAAAAGGCAACAUGAACAAAGGAGAGAAAACUCGCAGCCGCUAACGCUGGAAGAUGCUCUGGCAGACUUGCAAAAAAUGAAGGCUAUUCUGCGGCAACAUGAAAGACGAAUUCGGCUACUGGAAGACCAGCUGGCUGAUAAAAAUAUGGCAGACACGUACGGUUUUUGA